GUCAAGGGCUGCUGCGCCGUCGGCUCAGUCAUACACCCCUAUAAACAACUCACUACGUUGCUGAUUCUUCCCCACUCCAACCCAGUAGGUGCUCUCCGUGACAGAACGGUCUUUGAACUUCUUGUGCUCGCACCGUAGCGGAAUCCCACUCGCGCACCCCACUUAGCUAUAGAUCAAGUGCCCUACACCAGCUUUAAGCCGGAGAUCUUCGAAAGGGCCUGAAGCUUUGCUCACCGGAAAGCGCGCAUGUCUUUCAACGCGGUCCUCCUCGCCACAGCAAACGUGGCUACUACCACCAGUCCUUGGGACUCACGCAGCACAACGUGACCGCUGCCGGGCUGCUAGCAGACAGCAGUCGCUACUUCUCCUGCCGCGGCCCUUACUUAACUCGCUCUCUUCACGCGAUCUAGCUAUCUUAGACUUAAGAACUAUAGAUCUCUUGCAUAAUGUCGAUGCGCAACAACAAGCGCCGCGCUCUGGCAAGCGCUGGCGCCGCCAGCAAGCAAUCUGCGGUGGCCGACGCCGUCCUGGACGUGGCCAACCGCAAGGGCGUCCGCUGCUGCGUAGAGUGCGGGGCGACGUCCACUCCGCAGUGGCGUGAAGGCCCGAUGGGCCCCAAGACGCUGUGCAACGCCUGUGGCGUGCGCCGCCAGCGCCUCAUCCGCAAGCAGCAGGCCGCUGUCGCUGGCGUCACGCCCACCGCGCCUGUCGCCGCCGUGCAGGCUCGCCGCCGUCUGGCCACCCGCCGCCGCCCCGGCGCCUCUGCCUCGCUCAUCGCCGACGAGGAUGUCUUUGCGCCCGCGGGCGCCGGCUCCGUGUCGGAGCAGUCGAGCGACGAGGCGGAGAUGACGGUGAUGGGCUGGCGCACAACGGCGGCGGAGGUGCCCCGGCCGCAGCGCGGGCAGCACUCGGCUGCCACCGGCACCGACGUUGAGGACAGCUGCAACGAAGAGGAGACGGCCGCCUACGACCUGCUCUUCUUCGCCGGCUUUGACUGCGGCGACUAUGGCUACUCGGCGCCGUCCGGGCCCAGCCACGGCCACAACACACGCCGCCAAGCCGCGCCGCAGCGCCGCUCGGACGACUUCUAUUAUUACGAGGAGCAGGACCACGAGGGCGAGCACGGGGUGGCCGCCGGAGAGCAUGAGCGGCUGCCCAUGUCGGCUCCGGCGCUGCAGCAGGUGUCGUCCAUCAAGCGCCGGCGCGUGCUGGCGGCCCCGCCCAAAGUGCACAUCCGCCCCGGCCGGUCCGCGAUGACGAGCUUCCCGUCUUCCUCGGCCGAGCACGAGGCAGCGGCUGUACCGGCCGUGAGCAACAUGAGCAGCCUGCCGGCGGCCGCGGGGCCUGCGCCUGCAUCGUCCUCAGACGCCGCAACGGCGGAGUUGCUGCCGGCGGCGCCGGCGGUGCUACCGUCCUCUGCCAUGCUGGCGCUGCAGCUGCCGCUGCUGCCGCUCGCGCUUCCGGCGCUGUCGCUUCCGGGGGCGGUUGUGGCGGGCGGCGCAAGCCCGGCGGACCUGGAGAUGAUUGCCGCACUGCACGCCGAGUUCCAGCGUGCCUGCAUGCAGAUGCAGCAGGCUGUGGCUGCGGCGGAGGCGGUCGGCGCGGUAGCGGCAGAGCGGCGCGACGCCGCGGACGCGGCGCAUGCUGUCGCCGCUGUGGCGUCGCAGCGCCUGGCGGACGGCGCUAAGGUCGUGGCGGCCCUGCCGGAGGUGCGUGACGUGCUCGCGGAGCUGCACACCGGCCCAGUCGCCAUGGCCGUUGCGCCGCCCCUGUAAGCUACAGGCUGCGGAGUGGAGCCUGGAGCUGUUGAGGGCGGUUUCUUCUACCGAUUGUAGUAUUGGCUGAGGCUUUUGGCUUGGUUGAGAUGCUUGAGGGGAGGGGGAAAGGCGCGGUGGCCAACACGCACGCAUGUACACCUAAGUGUGCUUACGGAGUGAGGCUCCGUCGUCGCGGAGCAAGCGUGCUUUUGCAGGGCUGGCUGCUGAUUUUGUUUGUUUACGGUACAACGAUGUGCGAGGAUGAAAGUUUGAUAGCGCUUCGCGGUGCCAUGGCGGUGCAUGUGCGGCUUUCAUGAAGGCGCCAGUAUGGACGCCUGAUAGGAAGAGAUGCGUUGUGGUGGCUGGCGGCGUGUCGUUUGCUGUGCGCACCCGCUUCGCACGGAUUCUGCCCAGCGCGCACUUCUUAAUCGGGCCUGUGCACUGCACCCCCUGUGUCACCACUGUUAGUGUUGCCAGGCAGUGGGAGGCAACGCCUCGUUUGGUCGUAUGCAUUUCCGCCGAAGCACGAGGUGCAAGUGAGGAAAGAGAGAUGGGGGCGUCGGUUGCGAUGCGUCUUCAAAAGCCGCGCGUCGUGCGUGAGGCUUGUGCGUGGCGGCUAAAGGGUCAAUUGCGGAGCGCCGCUGAAGCACGAGUGGUUUGCUGGUGACGGACCUUGCGACUGACUAUCACGAAGCGCCGCGAGUCGCUGUUUUGGUAGCGGCGCCCGGAGUGGGGCGGGUACUCGCCAUCCUGCGCGCUGGUCUGGGGGGCGCCCUGCACACCCAGUAUGUCGUCGCUAGGGUGGGGCCCCUGCGGCAGCGUGAACGUGGUGGAGUCAGAGCUUUGCGGGAACCGGCGGCGGGCGAGGACUGCGUGUACCGCUGGAUCGUGCCUGACACCGCCGGGCCGGCAACGUGAGCACAAAUGUUUUGUUUUUAUUGUAGGCAUGGAAAUGCGGUGGUCAUGAUUUGUGGUGUCGGGCGGGUUGCAGUGAGCACACUUGCACACAACAGUCGUGAGUGCACGGAUUUCGGCACACAGAUCAGGCGGCGUGACGCAGGGGGUCAAUUACCUCCAGAGGAAGACAGAGGCCCCGCGUGGGUUGCGUGGGUGCGCGGCUAGGAAGGCAAUACAGAUGCGAAUGGCACACUAGGAGUGCCGCAUGUGGUACCCUUUCCCACUCCGCCCAGCGCACCAGCUCGCCACUCGAUGGCCUGAUUGUAUGAGUAUGUCGUGUGCUUGCACGGUCCAGCCUCCCUGGCGGUAUGGCUGACUUAGGCAUGCGCGCCCCGGAUUGUGGGGGCGGGCACGCAAAGCAUCCCUCAACUUGGCAUGUACUUUAUUUAGCGGGAGUGGCAUGGUAGCUUUCUUGGCGAAUAUUUGUUCGGCUAAAUGCGUUACUUGGUAAGGUAGAUUGUGACUUGGUAGUGGGGCUCAAUUGGCAGUCCAAACACACGACGGCCAUUCGCACAUUGUUGGGGCAGGGCAUGCGCUCCCAGCUCGAAGCGCGCACGUUGCGUGCUGACACGGUGGCCAAAGUCACCGGAAGGCGAGCGGUGCCCCCGCACUUACCCCGACAGCACCAUCCUUCCAAGAAUUGUUGAGGGUUAGCGGUCGCGUUAGAGGCGCGGUUUCAUUGGUUGCAGGGUGGGUGCUAGCGUCGGGCAUGAUACGAAGAGGAGAGAGCGGCAUGGGCGCCGCCCCGAGAGCAUGGUUGUGGGGCGUAGGCAGCAGAUAAGGAGUGGUGAUGAAUGAUGCGGACGAGGAGAAGAACCUGACGCGAGAGGCUGACCCCGGAGCGACGAGACCAUAGGAGCAUUACGGGAGCGAGGUGCGCAAGAGAGUGUGGCGCGGCGGGUGCCAGGGCGCUCGGGAGCGCCCGCACCCAAUAGGGGUGGCGGGUGUUGCGAGCUGACGCAUGCGGGUACGUAGUGGGUGCUAGUUGACAAAGGUCCCCAUUUUGAGGGCAGUUUCAGGGUGUUCUUUCUUUUUGUUGCGCUGAUUUUAGACUUGAUCGUGGGUGUGUUAUCAUGGUACGUACCAUUGCCCUGGGCUGCGGAAGUAGCUGUAUUCGUCCUGGAUUUGAAUGGCGACCCGAUUUGAGGAGCCAAUGGGAGUAACGGUCACGUCAAUAAGGCUCCUGAGGGUCAGGUUGCUUUUGCUAGCCUCUCUAGCACUCCGCUGUAACCCGGUAGAAAGAGCUUGCAUUGACGCUCACUCGAAUGAGUUCAAGCGACUUGCGAAGAUGACAAACAGCGCUGACACUGGCCUUGACAAUCAGAGAAUGCAGCGCCGCAGCUGAAAGAUCGGGCGACGCCGUGCCAGUGGGCCGGAAUGCGAGAAGCGAGAAUGCGGUGGAGUGCCGAGCAGUUGUGCAACGCUGCUGUGGUACUUAAGCACAGGCUGAGAAUGGGGUAUCCGGCAUGAGAUACCGGUAUGACGCGCUGCUAGCUCUUGACCUGGGUGCACCGUGCACAGUGCACGCCGCUAAUGACAGAUUGCAAAUUCUGAUUCGUGGGUGGAAGACCGCGGAGUGUGGGCACCAGCGUGGGCACCCUGGUGGGCACCGUGCGGCAACACGUACGGCAUCGGCACGCUGCAGGCCCGAUGUUGCCGAUGCCUCUGCGCGGUUGCAUUCCAAACCUGACUUACUAACCUU